ACUAUCUGAAACAUGACUUCAGGUAUAAAUCACAUUGUCUGUUCCAAGACCCCAAGCAACAUUACCCUUGAUGUUGACAGUUUUAAGAAUAAGAUGAAACCUAAACAGAGAAGUCAUGGUGCAAAACCAAAGUGCAAGACAAAAACCAUGCAGUACAAAGUAUGUCAUAAGGAUGUUGAAAGCUUUAAACUGAAGUUUCAUCCACAGAGAUUUAGUAACCAAGAAAACCAUCCUCAGUAUAAAGCUCCUGAAGAAAGCUCUACAAUACAAUCCAACUCAGACCAAACUAGUGAAUCCAAAUUGGCUUCUAUUUCAAGGAUUGGCGUUAAAGCAUUGAAACGAAAAAAGCCCAGCUGUGCCAAGUAUUUGUGUCAUGUUUGUUGUGCAAUGUUUAAAACGUCUGCCAAUUUAAAAGAGCACUUAAAGAUACAUUCCUCGGUCAAAGAGUACAAGUGUUCUUACUGUGACUAUAGCUGCCAUAGAAAGAGAAACAUGAAGAUUCACGAACUCACACAUGGGAGCAAAAAACCCAUCCAGUGUUCACUGUGUGAUUACAGCUGCAUACAGAAGUUUCAACUGAAGGCUCACCUACUGUUGCAUGAGACAGAAACACCAUUCAAAUGUAACAUUUGUGAUGCUAAAUACAAAAAAGAGGCUGGGCUAAAGGUACACAUGCUAACCCACGCCAACCAUUAUAAAUUUAAAUGCCACCACUGCCAGUACCCAACCAAUCGUUUUGCAGACUACAGGCGGCAUUUGCUGAUCCACAGCAAGGCCAAGCCAGAGAAAUGCCCCUACUGUAGCUAUUCCUGUAUACGCAGGUCAAGGCUGCGGGCUCACCUUCUUGUCCACAGGGGAGAUAAUAUAGUUGGUGGGGAAGAUUCAGUUUUGUCAAGAUUGGGGAAUAAACUGGUGCACUGCCAACAGUGCGACUACGUCUGUAUCACUGCUUCCAGUUUGAAAAAACAUAUGAAGUCCCACUGCGUGAAGAAGAAUGAAUUUGCUUUAAUGCUUGAGAAAACUUUCGCUUUUCAAGACACUGUUGAUCAGCAGCAAGGCUCUACAGACAGUGUGGAUCAGCAGCAAGUUUCUGCUCCACUGGUUUUCCCUCAUCAGGAGAAUCAGGCUUCCAUUCCAAUUGAAACAAACUCUCCAACAGAGCUGCUAGUCCUAACUGAAAACCCACUGGACCCUCUUUCUGUGUUUGCUGCGCCCUUAAAGCAGGAACUGCUUUUAAACCCCACAGAAAGCCAUCAGAUAAUAUUUACACAAGCUCAGAGUGACAAUGAUAUGUUCUCUGACCCCAGCAGCCUCUUCGUAGCUUCUGAACACCAGACAUUACUUCUUGCAGCUCCCUUCAUUCACCAAGAACCUAACGCUCUAGUUCAGAGUGAACAACCUGUUUUAAUGACUUCAACUAACCCUACUUGGGUGGAGGAACAUGACUGGCCUGACACUGAUCCCUUUCCUGUUGACCAGUUGGGCACAUUCUCUUUUGAUCCUAUUAUUCAGCCGGCUAAUAACUUCAUCGUUACAGUAGUAAAAGAAGAAAGGCCGUUGGAAACAUUUAAAGAGGAACUAGUGCCACCAGUAGACAGGAAUCAUUCUAAGUCCAAGAUGUACCACUGCGCAUUAUGCUCAUUCUCGUGUGAUUAUAAAUCUACUUAUAAAAAACAUGCGAGGAAACACGAGAACCUGAAAAACUACAAGUGUGCUCACUGCCACUACAUGUGUGACCAACUCUUUCGAAUGAAGAAACAUCUGAUACGUCACACUCACCAGAAGCUCUUUCAGUGCGACACUUGCCAGUUUUCUUGCAAAAGCAAACCGACUCUUCAGCAGCACAUCCUGACUCAUUCCAAGGGGGGUAAGUCUGGAAGUGGAUACCAUUGCCCCCAUUGUGACUAUAGUUGUAAGAGCAUGCCAGGUUUGAAAUCCCACCUGGCUAAACACACAGGUGACAACAACUACCAGUGUGAUAUUUGCGAGGAGAAAUUUGCGUCUGAAUAUCUUCUGAAGAAACACAAGUUCACCCAUGGUGUCAGGCCGUACCAGUGCCAAUACUGCAGCUACUCCUGUGUCCAAAAGCAGCAGAUGAACACGCACAUGCUGCAGCACACGCUUGAGUACCCUUUCUGUUGCCAGCUGUGUAGCGCCAAAUACAAGAAGCAAGACAGCCUCAAGAUUCACUUUCAGUCCCAGCACGAGAACAAACACAGAUUUGUCUGUGACCUCUGUAACUAUGCUGGUAACCGUGCCGCGGACUUUCGUGAGCACAUGCUGACCCAUUCUGCCCAGAAGCCUUUCCAGUGCUCUCGGUGUUCAUACUCGUGCAUCCGUGGCACACAGCUCAGGAAACACAUGACCCUUCAUGACAAGGCUGAAAGCACAGAGAGCAGGGUCAAGGGGAACAAAAAGAUGUACCACUGCGCUUUCUGUGACUUCACAUGCAUGAGAACUCUAAGGCUAAAAGCUCAUUUGGCAAAAGUGCAUCUGGACCUUUCAGAGAAUCUAGUUUUCUCCUUUGACUCAACCCCAGAUCAAAUUAACAUUCAACAAACUGAGAAAGUUUUACCUGAAAGUUAAGGUAGUAGGAAAAAAAAGUUUCUACUUAGUUCUUAAGAUGACCAUCAUAGAGCAGUUUGUGUUUUACCAAGUCAUUCAUCUAAUAGACCAGUUUUGUAUUUUACCAAGUCAUUCGCCUAAGUCACGUUUUAUUCAUAUUUAGUCUGUGAGAUCUUUUUAUAACCUAAUGCUUACACUGGAAUCUCAUUAACAAGAUCAUGACUUAGAAACACACUGGAUUGAGGAUGUUAACUUUAAAAACGUUAUUGUUGGUAUGUGUGUACCAUACUAUUUCCCUGGUUUUUUGGUGUUUACCACUACCAGCAUGUGAUAUUGUUCAUCGUUUUUCUCAAGUUUACCUGUAUGUCAUUUUUUAAAUUACAGAGCUUACCUGUAUGGCAUUUUUUAAAAUUUAGAACGUAUCUAUAGGUCAUAGUUAUUGCUUAAAGGUACAUUUUUGUGUACUUUUGUCAUCAGUUACUAAUCAUAGUUUCAGUCAGGACUUGAUGUUUUAAUUUUUGUUACAAAUACGGAGCCCAAGAUAGGUUCAUACCAACAUUGUGUCAAGUGUGUAAUUUUGUUUAUUUUUGUGAUUUGGUUGUGAAGUAUUGACUGCCAACAUUGUAGCCAGUAUUUCAAGUAGAAGUUUUCUUUUUUAUUAUUAGGACUAUUGUGGUACAUAAAUAAAGCAUUUUCAGUGUUA